AUGGUAGUGGAGAGAAAGGUUCGCUGCAAAGUACAAGAAUUUGUCAAUGAUAAGGACUUCGUGCACUUAAAGAGGAGCGUGCACAGAAAACCACAAAUCAUCAGACAAAAACUUAGCGCAGGCACGCCAGUGCAAGACCCGGUGUUCGAUGAGGUCAAUAGAGACUUCAAAGAACUCAAGUGUCUUGUAAAAGUUUUGUUGCUAAACUGCGAUAAAUAUUCCACUGGGAUUAGAUGUUUCGUGGAAAGAUCUCUUGCCCUUUCUAGCCAAUUCGAAUACGUGCUUAACAACUCUCGGAAAUGGACAGCUGCAAGGUCUUUGAGGUCUCCUGCUGCGAUGAGCACUACCGUUGCUAUGGCAACCGGUGCUGCGAUAAACAAUAUACUUUCUGAAGGACCGUUAAGCUCACCGUUGGAACCAUUUACGAUUGGCUCUUCUGAAAGCGAUGCUGUGGAGUUUGUUAGCAAGCAUGAUAUUGGUAGGUUUAGAAGCCGACAGGAAGCUGUUCGCGGGCGAAUCGAGGCAAAUUUGAAAUUUGUUGACGAAAGCUUGAGACAACCUUUGGUAAAAUUGACGCAGCUGUGUUUGAAAAUUGAAUGCAUUUUAAAAGAGCGAGAUUUUUGCAUUGUGGACUUGAAAAGCUACACAGAAAAGUACAAUAAAUCAAACGCUAAGAAACGAAAAAAAAUGCCCCCUCGACAGGCCCGCAAUAAGAUGCGGUAUGCGCGAGAUCUCGAACUGGAGAAACUCAAGUACGAAUCCCUUACUGCAACCAUCAAAAUCGAGCUGCAGGUAUUGUUCAAGUUAUUCGGGAGAUUCCUGGCACAAUGGGGCGCCAGUUUUAUUUUGACCUCUUACUCAAUAGCUUUCACUCUUUACAGCAACCUUGGGUGUCACAAUGAGGUCAUGAAAAUGAUGGAUGGAGCAGAUGAGUUUCUGUCGUCCAGUGGGAUCGAUGAAACUAACUUAAUAGCAGCAGCCUCUGCCACGCCCAUGGAACUCCCACAGAAGCCAACUGGCAUUGUUCACAAGGGUCUGUUAUCACUUCCAGAGACAGUGGCGAAGUUUCACGCUGAAUUUGACCACGUCACUGUGCAUAUGCGUGGCUUCCAAGUCACUAAGUUUGAUCGAUUGUACCACGCCACACUUUCCUCGGCUAAAGAAAGCGCUAAAGUACAUUUUCGAGACAGUGCUGUUCAUGGCACUAUCCCAACGCUUUACGCGACGGCCUUGUACAACUAUACGUCCUCGGAUGAAGGCCAUAACUUGGGAGACCUGAGCUUUCACCGCAGUGAUGUAAUAAAGGUAGUCAAGAAAAGCGAUCCGGGCUGGUGGUAUGGUGAAGCUAUACGAACGAAACAAAGAGGGUACUUUCCUGCCAACUAUGUCGAGGCCGAUAAAUUUUUAUGA